AUGGAUGAACAACUAUGUGAGAAAAAUGAACUAAAAUGCAUGUGGGCUGGCAUUCUUAGCAUCCUUAACUCCUCCUACCAAGGCCACCGGCCGAGUCCUUUCAGAAUGAUUUCAAGCCGCCGAGCUGCGAAAACGAACGUUUCUGCAAAUAAGUCGAGAAAGCUAGACGAUGAUUCGCCUGUUGGUUUUGAUGAAAAAUGUCGAAAACUUCAAAACAAAGAAGCAAAUAUUGGCAUUGAAAAAAGAAGUGUGAGGAAUCUUAUUCAAGAUGAUAUGUACAUCGACAGCCACGAAAACAAGAAAAUUUCCAAACUCGUCGAUCGCCCGAUAAAAACUCACAAGGAAGCUAGAAAAACGAGCCGUCUGAGGGCAAAUCAGUCAAGUUUCGAAUCCAAUGCCAAAUGCUCGAUCAAUACUCAGCCUUCUUCAACUUCACCGGAGGUCGAUGAGGAAAUCAUGCAGCAGGCUAGAAUGAGCGUAAAAGCUUUUAUCGAUGAAAUGUUUGUUGACAGUAAAUUAGUAAUACGCGAAGAAAAUCCCACGAGCAACGAGCCUUUACCCUUCUCAGAUGCACUGCACGUUUUGAGCUCGUACAAAAAGGAUUCCGAUUGCUCGAUAAUUAGGCCGUCUCAUAAAGCAUCGCACGGAAAAAUUCGAAAACCUGCAGUUUUUUUCUCUGUCAAGGACAUAAAGCACAAGUUGAAGCAUUUGAGGAAAGAUGCUCUUCCUCACAAAAGAUCUCAUUCUGGAAAUGAUUGUAAAUUUUCAUUUUCAUCAAAAAAUGGAAAGGAAAAGGCUCGAAAAAGAGUAGAGUUUAAGGAGGCCGAGAAGAACACGCGCAAGAAAAUCGAUUUCUCGAUUUCGGGAUUUUCGAAUAGCGACAAGACAAAUUCAUUUCUGACAAGAAGAAGCACCGAUGAAGAUUCUUCUUCACACGAUAGCAGCAUUUUCGAAACUGGCGAUACGAGGUUUAACGAUGAGCCGCAAGUAACAGAAACAGAGAACACUGUGAUAACGAGUUCUGCAUCGGGCUCGGUUUCGGAGAAUGAGACAUUUACGAGCACAACUGAUGAACAAGAAAGCCCGAUUUCUGUUCUCAAGCAAGUGUUUUUCACAGAAGUAGCUAAUAUUAGUCCAUCAAACACCAUUCUUCAAACUGGCAGAAGAAAGAGACCACAUCAUAAACGUAUUUUCUUCGAAAGUUGCUCAAUCGAGUCGUAUCCACAAGAUGAUCAACCAAUAGGCGAAAAAGAUUUCAUCUCGAAAUACGUUCAUUGGUUGCUUCAAAGUUCUUUUUUAAACUGGGAAAAGUUAUCUGAACUCGGUCCACGACCCGAAAGGCUUCUUCUCCAUUCGUACUCAUUCAAUGAAACCGAGCUUUUCGCUUCAAGUCGAUAUAUCAAUCACAGGCUUCUUUUCGAUCACGUGGAGGAAGUUUUACACGAAAUACACAGAUCCCAUUUUUCCUUUUUCCCUCGGCAAGAAGUGUUGAAACAUGAAAAGAGUGUUUUGCCAUUGGAAAAACUCGUUCUUGACGAGAUAAUGAGAAAGCCUUCAGCUUACAACUUACAACUUACAUCGACUGAGGGAAGAACAGGAAACGAGCUUCUCACGAGUGAUGUAUUGGAUUCAAGAUCGUGGAUUGAUGCACGAACUGAAGCCGAAUAUAUUAUUGUUCAUAUUUCGGAAAAUAUUCUGGAGGAAUGUGUAUUGGAUAUCAUACUUGAGUCUCAUUCAUGA